AUGACAACUACAACAACUGAUCCAAUUCUUCGAUUUGAUCUCAUGAUUCGACGUUAUCAAAUAGAAUAUGGUCUUGUUAGCAAAAGUUCGCCAGCAAGUAAAACAGGUUGUAAUGAAGAAAAUUUUCAAAAUGAUUCUCAAAUUGCUCAAUUAUCUAUUGAAGUACAAAUAUCAGUGAGUCGUUUAAAUAUAAUUAUGGCUGGCACUGGAGCGUUACCAGCUGUUUUAGCAUUUAUCAUUCUUGGUACAAAUUGUGAUCGUAUAGGGCGUAUACCUCUUUUGAUUCUUCCAUGUACUGUCGGACGAUUAAUACGUCUGACUAUUAUUCUAUUAAUUGUAGAAUUAAAUCUUAGUGACAUUUGGUUUAUUAUAACGAAUAUAGUUGAUGGCUUAUUUGGUUCAAAUAGUGUAUUACCCAGUGAAAAAUAA